UCUUGCUUCUUUGGCUCCCUCUUCUAGAAACCAGCCAUGCCUGGGGGAAGGAGCUCCCCUCCCCAUACAAGACACCACCUGGGGUGCCUCCCCUCUGCCCCUACCUGCCAGAUCUGGAGCGUGCAAGCCUAUUCAUCCUGGAGGACCCCUAGGUCAUCACCACUGCUGUGCCGUGACAUGGCUCUGCAGAACGCACUGUACACUGGGGACCUGGUGAGGCUGCAGGAUCUGUUCCCCCCACACAGCACAGCUGACCUGCUGCUGGAGAGCCGGGCGGCUGAGCCUCGCUGGAGCAGCCACCAGAGGGGACUCUGGUCUCUGACGUAUGAAGAGGAACUGACCACUCCACUGCAUGUGGCAGCCAGUCGCGGUCACACUGAAGUUCUCCAGUUGCUGCUGAAGCGUCGAGCCAAGCCGGACAGUGCCCCUGGAGGUCGCACCGCUCUGCAUGAAGCCUGUACUGCAGGUCACACGGCCUGUGUCCGUGUGCUGUUGGUGGCUGGAGCAGACCCCAACAUCCCCGACCAGGAUGGGAAACGCCCUCUGCAUCUCUGCCGGGGCCCUGGUAUUCUUGAGUGUGUGGAGUUGCUCCUGAAGUUUGGGGCACACGUAGAUGGUCGGUCUGAGGAUGAAGAAGAGACUCCUUUGCAUAUAGCUGCCCGGCUUGGCCAUGUGGAACUAGCAGACUUGCUUCUGAGAUGGGGUGCUUGCCCUGAUGCCCGCAAUGCUGAAGGUUGGACCCCACUGCUGGCUGCCUGUGAUGCCCGCUGUCAAUCCCCCUCGGAUGCUGAGGCCACCACCCACCGCUGUUUCCAACUGUGCAGCUUGCUGCUCUCAGUCGGGGCGGAUGCUGAUGCUGCGGACCAUGACAGGCAGCGGCCCCUGCACCUGGCUUGCCGCCGUGGCCACUCGGCCGUCGUGGAGCUGCUACUGUCCUGUGGCGUCAGCGCUAAUGCCAUGGACUAUGGGGGACAUACACCUUUGCACUGUGCUCUGCAAGGUCCAGAUACAGCCCUGGCCCACAGCCCUGAGUGCAUGGUGCGAGCUCUACUCAACCAUGGUGCUGUCCGAGUCUGGCCAGGGGCACUCCCCAAGGUGCUAGAGCGCUGGUGCACAUCUCCACGGACCAUCGAGGUCCUGAUGAACACCUACUGCGUGGUGAAGCUUCCUGAGGAGGCCAGGGGCUUGGUACCACCUGAAAUCGUGCAGAAGCACCAUCGAUUCUACUCUUCCCUCUUUGCCUUGGUGAGGCAGCCCAGGUCCCUGCAGCAUCUUAGCCGUUGUGCCCUCCGCUGUCACCUGAAGGGCAGUCUGCCCCGCGCGUUGCCACAGCUUCCCCUGCCAUCCAGCCUGCUCCGCUACCUGCAGCUGGAGUUUGAAGAUGUGCUUUACUAGGUGUGUGCUGCCCCGAGAACAAAUCAGCUCCCCAAAGGGCACCUCUGCAAGGACACAAGCCAGGUCAUCUUGCCCACACAAGGUCUAUCUUCAAAUCGGGGACGGGUGCUUUGAUCCACACUUGAGAGAAGCAAACAGAUGAGCAUCCGCUGACACUGAUGCAGAGAGCACCUGUGCAAACCUGCACGUGCAUAGAAAAUCUCCAGGCUGAAGCCGUAAUAAUGGUGUGGAUGUUGUCUUAGCACUUGGAAAGUAGGGCAGGAGGGUGGAGAGUGACCAGAUUGUGCUACUUAGUUGACCAGAUUGUGCUACUUAGUGAGACUUUGUCUUUAAAAGAAAAUCUACAAGUUGUAUGAUUUGGUAUUGUCUCUAACAAGUCCCCACCUACCUUGAGGUGACUCCGGCACAUAGAAUC